UGACAAACAUACUUGGAAUAAAAUAGCGUUGCUUACGUCCAGUACUCGACACUACCUCACUUGAAUCAAACGUCUCAAAGUUACAUCUCAAAGUUACAAUGGAGGAUACAUUUAUCCUGUCGGUGCUUGGUGCGUGCAUAUUCGCGGCAGUCGUUGCAGUAUGCGCGACAUACGGUGUGGAGCGAAUGGGUGGGCUUUUGGGUGGUAUAUUUGAAACCACCCCUACCACAAUCAUACCUGCUGCUAUAGGCAUAGCCAGGUCUGUAUCCGACACAAAAGAACUAUCAAAGGCUAUGUCUUCGGUCCCCGUUGGCCUGCUUGUGACGUCCACAUUUCUCAUGGUGUGGAAAUAUCUACCUCCGAGGUUAGAUGAGCGUAUAAGCUCGAAUAAGGGUUUGGCUAUAACCAUAUCCGCGAGUUUGAUAACAUGGCUCAUAUUCGCAUUGUUCUCUGUGUUUUCACUCCAGGAUGUCAGUCAGGAUCGCAUGCUUGUAGUAGGGUAUUGUAGUGUGGCCGCUCUAUUGCUCAUAGGCUUUAGCGCGACUUUUUAUACCUUCGAGCGUAAUCACGCUCUCCCCAAUCCCAAGACGGAUAUGCCAGAAGAGAAAACACCUGUGAAGACGUUGAUUGUGCGUGGUUGCUUCGCCGGGGUGGCUACUGCGGUCACUGUACUUCUGUCGAAGGUUAAUGAGGUCGCCGCAGGGGUGUUCUCCACGUUUCCCAGCAUAUUCCUGACUACAAUGGUCAGUUUGUGGUUAUCAAAAGGAGCCAAGCUGGGUAUGAGUGCUGUAGGUCCUAUGACGUUAGGAUGUGUGAGUGUGUGUGUCUUUGCACUCACGUUCGGGUAUUUCGUGGAUUCCUUAGGUCUGAAUGUAUGGAUGGCUGCUUUGGCUUCGUAUGUAGCGGGUCUAUUGUACAGUACUUUACUUGCAUCUGUUAUGUGGGCCUCGAAGAAACAUCUCAGCCAUGCAGACUCGGACGAGUUGCUGUUAAAUGAAGAUAUGGAGGUGGAGGUUUUGAAUUAGACACUAUCAAAUGUUGGUUUGCACCCUGAACAUUUUAUUUAGAUAUAGGAAUAAAUUAGUAUAAGCACAGG